CUUCUGUGUACAUUAGUAACUAAUUGCUUCCCAUGGAAAUAUGGACAGUUUGAUCUAUGGCCGAGGCUGCGUUGUUAAAAUGUGAAUAACAAAUUUUCAGCAUGAUAUAACUGGUCGAACACUUUUGAGACUGGACGACAAUUCAUUAAGAAGAAUCGGAAUAUCCAACAAGACGCAUCGCGAGGAAAUCUGGAGAGAAAUCUUGAAGCUCCAAUUGAAGACGGACAUUCUUUCGUUUAGAGACGCCGAGAGGCGUGUUUCUAUUAAUAUUGAGUGGAUGUGAAAGAGCAAAAAUGAUUCCUACAUGCAUCCUUGGCUUAAGGAGCAGCUUCUUGAAUAGAAGCAGACUUUUGGUGGCAGGCCUCGUCAGAUACCAAUCUUCGUCCAUUCCCUUGGUGCAAUCUUCGGCAACCGCCCUGGCUCGACAGCUCAAUGCAAAAAUUAAAUCCACAGGCCCUAUCACUGUGGCUGAUUAUAUGAAAGAGGUGCUUGUAAAUCCCACUGCCGGUUAUUACCCAACUCAAGAGAGCAUUGGCGCAAAGGGAGACUUUAUUACGUCGCCAGAACUAUGCCAGAUUUUUGGAGAGAUGAUAGCAAUUUGGAUUUUGAACGAGUGGCAAAAAGUAGGGUCUCCCAAGCCUAUGCAACUUGUCGAGCUAGGCCCUGGGAAAGGCACUCUCAUCUCUGACAUUCUCAGAGUUUUCAAGCACUUUGACCAGCUUAAAGAAGUUAGCGUACAUUUAAUAGAGCUUAGUCAAAAACUUAGGGAGGCACAGGCAAAGUUGCUGUGCUCUGAGGCUAAUUUGGGGAAAGAUGACGCACAACAGUUGAACAUCACUUCUGGGUUUGCUCAGGUUGAGUGCCCCAUUUUUUGGCAUCACCACCUUUCAGAGGUUCCGAAUGAUGCAUUUACGUGUGUCAUUGCCCAUGAGUUCUUUGAUGCUUUGCCGGUGCACAAACUGAAGAAAACUGAGCAAGGAUGGAGAGAAAUUUUGGUAGACAUUGAUCCCAAUAGUCCAGAUAUUAGUUUCCGAUAUGUACUUUCGAGAGAGCCGACGCCAAUGUCGCAACUCUACAAGCCAGAAGAAGGAGACAAGAGAACGGAACUGGAAAUUUGCCCUUCCGCAGGUGCAUUGUUGCAGAACCUGGCCGAUCGUUUCACAGAAGACGGUGGAUUUUUGCUCCUUGCUGAUUACGGUCACAACGGUGAAAAAGGAGACACAUUUAGAGGAUUCAGCAAUCAUCAACUGCAUGACCCUCUUUUAAAUCCUGGGUCUGCUGAUUUGACCGCAGACGUAGAUUUCAACUAUUUAAGUCGGUGCUUAAAAAGCAAGGCGUUAACAUUUGGUCCUGUCACCCAGGAGAAGUUUUUGAAAAGCUUAGGCAUUGAAGUGCGACUCAAUCUUUUGCUACAAAAUGAAAAGUUGUCGGCAGAGCACAAAAAGAACUUAAAAAGUGGAGUGGAAAUGAUGAUAAAUCCUCAAGAAAUGGGAAAGCGUUUCAAGUUCUUUUCAAUUUUUCCAGAAAUUUUAGCAGAUCAUUUAAAAAAGUUUCCUGUCCUAGGUUUUGAUUAAAAUAAAAUGUAAUUAUUUCAAUAAUUAGAACACAAAAAGACUUCAUGUAAAA